AUGACAAUGCUCCCCGCAUACUCCACUCACACACUGCCUCCAGUAGAGCACUUCUUAUUGAUUCCUCCGCGGCAGCUAAGAGCUGUGUAUCCUGGAGGACUGCCUGUCAGUUCUGAGAACUCUAGGUGGAUUGCAUUCACCACGGCUUGGAGCUCCACCUGCCCCUUCACAGUACAUCAGCCGUUCUGCCGGUCUAAUCAUGGAUCCAACCGACUCUGUCUUCGGCUCCAUGCUAGUACUGGCGCUCCUCCUGCAUCACACCAAGGAUGUUUAUCGACCUCCUGGUCUAGGUGUUUUGUUGAAAGCAGAGUCACCUCUGACAGGAUGUGGUUCUUCACCACGCACGAACGGUCUUGGGAACUAGCUUCAUACAGAUCUCGACCAAGACUUCAGAGAUCUCUCGGCUGGUGGUUGGGGCGCGGGUCGAUGUUCGUGCUCUCCAAGUCCCAGUUCGCGGCCCUGUCAGGAAGGGGGCCCGGGCAGGAGGGAGAGCUGGUGGACCUCGGUGCGGGCGAUGGUUCCAUCACGGCCAUCCUCCAGAACUUCUUCUCCAGCAGGGUUACCGUCACCGAAGUCUCCAAGGCAAUGAGGCCUCAGCUGCUUAAGAAAGGAUUCAGGUGA